CGAAGCGUGUGUUUGUUGUUCAGGCAACUGACUGAAAGAGUGCCAAGUGUUUGUUCUCUCGCCAAAAAUAAGCAAUUUCUGUAUUUUUAAUUGAAAAUAUUUAGUGAAUCUAUCGCAUUGUGAAAAUGUCUAACGCUAUUGAAGCCCAGCUCGGAAUAAAAGCUAAAUGCGAACAAAUGCAACAAUGUCUGAAGGAGCAGUAUGAAUGGGAGAAGGAAAUGAAACAAAAAGAGGCCUUGGCCCGUCAGCAGCAAGCAGAUGGCGAGAAUCUUUCACCUCCAAUCAGAAGUCAAAUUGGCGAAAUGUACAAGUAUCUUCAAGAACAGUCUUUCACGGAGAAAAAGAAGUCCUCUUUGUCCAAUCAUAUUAAUACUUCAAACAUGGUUCAGGAAAGUGAGGAUUUGGUGGAAGCAGAUCGUCUGUUUGGAUUAGGUAACGAAUUCUGCAAACGUGCAAAAGAAAGCGAGGAUCCUGUUGUGUUCAAAGAACGAUAUGGCCAUUAUGCCAUCGAUAUGUAUACCAGGGCCAUUCAACUUAACAGUAAAAAGGCUGAUUAUUUUUUCCAUAGAGCGCUCUGUUUCUUCAAAAUGGAGCAGUUCGAAGAUUGCCUCAAAGAUUGCGAUGCAGCUCUUGAUUUGGAUAAAAGUUCGGUCAAAGUUUACCUUUGUCGCAUGCAAGCCUUCGAGUAUAUGGGAGAAAACAAGAAAGCUUACCUAGAGGGAAAAUAUCUGUUAAAGAUAGCGAAAGAUACUAAAGACUUGGACCGAACUAAGCAAGAUAUUGCUAGGAUCGAGAAACGAAUGAGACAUGACGGCGAUGUACACAAGGCUGAAGGAAACGAUCAUUUGAAAAACAAAAACUAUCUCAAAGCUCAAGAAUGCUUUACAAAAGCGAUAAACUCGUUUCCGUUUGAACCUAUUUAUUACCACAAUAGAAGUAUGGCAUAUUUUCAUUUAAAUCAACACGGACAUUGCUUAGAAGAUGCAAACAAAGCCAUCGAAUUGGAUUCAAAUUAUCAUCGGCCGUAUUAUCAGCGUAUGCGUUUACGAGAAAUAUCAGGCGAUUACAAUGGUGCAAUAAACGACUGCAAAAAGUUUCUUGAGUUGGUCAGAGAUGUCAAACAACAAUCAACUGCAAAAAAGGAUCUAGCAAAACUACAAAGCUUACUAGAACAGAAAGGUAAACCGCCUUCGUAUAACUGGAAUGAUUUACGCAAGAAUGCCACUAUUACAAAUUUCGUCCAAAAACCUCCUCACCUUCGUUCAAAGAAACCACUCAAAAGAAUCCAAAUUGCGGAAGUCUGUUGCGAUGCACCAAACUCAUUCAGUCCGUUAACGACAUCUGAUUAUGAAUCAAUUCCUGAAGCUGUUAUUGACGAAAUUUUCAACAAUAACACUGGGGAACGGUUGGCAGAACCAACCCAGGAUAUGCAAUUAGAUAACCUUUUUUCAUCGUCGCCAGACGUGUCCAACCGCUUAAGACAGUUCUUCUCGCCCCCAACUACUCCGUCUAGUCCUCCAUCCAAUUUACUGUCCCAAAAAUCGCCUGAGACAUCGCACCAGGAAACUAGUUCAAUCGAAUGUCGUGAAACAAAGAACUUGCUUCCAGAAGUGACGAAAGAAGCUGAAAAACCGCCCGCAAAGCAGGAAAAGAACAAUUCCAUAGAAAGGAGCGACAUUGAUUUGGUGAAACUUGAAUCAGAUAAUCCAUUCCCUUCAAUUCCACCAACAACCGUUCAGUUUUACCACAUUUGGAAUAAGCUGGAAACGCCUCAUGAGAAGUUUAUUUUUCUUAAGAGUCUUGAAAAUCAACCUCUCCAUGAACUUUUGGGAGCCACUAUGGGUAGCGCCAUGCUAACGGACAUUCUGCAAGUACUUGCGAAAAAUUGCGCCGCCAACAACUAUUCCCCCCUGAAGAUAAUGCAGCAAUUGGCCAAAUGUCAGCGAAUGGAUAUAUUGCUACCAAUGAUGAACGAAAUUGAUAAAUAUUCAAUGAUAAAAUUAUUCGAACUUUUGGACACUAUGGAAAAAGACAGCGAGCAGGCUUCAGCUGUAAAGAAAAGUUUGAUAGUUUAAGCGCGUGUUUCUAUGCCUUUCUAAUAGCAUGUAAAGAAAUAGUGAAACAGAGUUUAAUUAGCAUAUGGUGACUCAUUGAAAAUUGUUUAAAUUUAUCUCAUACGUUUGGGUCGUUUCAGCUUUUACGAUAUGAAUUCAUCCAUGGCUCAAUAUGUAAUACCUUAUUUGAAUAAAACAUUGCUAUGAUAGUGAAA